GCGGGGACGAAGACUUGGACGCAGCGACGGUGUAGGAUUUCGCGUGGCGCUCGAGCUCGUCGAAGCGCCCACAGAAUCCCGAAGGCGAGCGCUUUCCUUCGAUACGAGCCAUGCGAACGUGCUUGAACUUCGUUGGCGCGCUUCUGCUGUCGCUUUCCGUCCUCGGAACGUCGCAGGGUCAAUCGGUCGAGCCCGACUCGACGGACGUGGACGACUUCUAUCGGAGCCGCUUCGGCAACGGCGACGCGUCCCGAAUGCGCGUCAUUCUGGGCGACACCGAGGGCUGGGUGAACCCGCACGACAUGCUGGGCGUCGCGUCCAAGCCGCCUUCGUCGGGCAAGCGAACGUGCCAACAGUCCAAGUCGAAGAAGAGCUCGGGCGCGUUGCCCGAACCGAUAUCGGAGGACACGACGUCUCCCGAAGCCCGGGCCCGAAUCUACAGCGAGAUCAGAGCGCGGGCUGCUGCCGAAACGAAGAAGUUUAGUCGAUACCCGGCGGCGUUCGAGGAACCAGACGAAACCGUGGUCGAAACGACGAACGAAGAAAGCGAAACUGCGAACGAAGAAAGCGCCGGCUCGCCCACUGGUUGCGACUGCAAGCAGCGAACUAGCUGUGACUGCGAUUGCAAGGCGAUGCGACGCGAGGCGAGGAAAUGCGGGGAGCAGGUGAAGCAGCUAAGGCUCAGUCAAGUGCUAGCUGACGGCCAACACGACCGCGAAUUCAUCUACCUCAGGCGUCUCGCUCUCAACGUCAUCUACAGCGCCAAGUUCGGCGGAGACGAGAUGCCUGCCAACGUCAAGUUCGAGAUACUCCUCUCGUCUGACGACGUGGCGACGUUGGAGAAGCUUGCCACGGAUGGCAGCACCAAGUCAUCGCAGCUGGAGCAGAAGCUGUCCACCAUCCUCACCAGUUCGGUGGUGACACCAGAUGAGCUGCCGCACGGUGCCAAUGCGCUCCUGGGUCGCCUGGCCCAGGCCUGGGGCCAGACCAUGGGACCGGUGGAUGUUCGACUCGCAGUUCCAGCCUGCGCCAUGCUGGGAGUCUUCCUCAUCAUACUGAUGCGGGGUCGCCCGUGGAAGGCUAUCACCUUGAUGAUUGUCUUUUACUUUCUCCUGCUCAGCUUUGUCUGGCACUGGGCCCUUUGCUAUCAGCUGGAGCACGCACGAAGGGACGCGUACAUCUCGCAAAAUGUGGUUCCGCCCAAGCACUGCCAGCCGGGCUACAGCCCCGGCUGGCUCCAACAGAUUCUGGGACGCACGAGCAGCGCAGAGUGCGAGAGGUACUACGAAAGCUUGCACGUUGACCCUGUGUUGCAGGUCAACCCGUUGUUCGUCCUAUCCGAGCUGUUGUCCAAGGCCCUCUUCAGCCCACUCUCCAGCCUCGGCACGGAGCUAGGGAAGUUUGCGCGGAACUUCGCAGAGCACCAAACCUGGUGGAGCAUGGCGAACAACAUCAUCAAUGUCAUCUGCAUUGGCGUCCUUGGCGUUUUUGCGGCAAUGAUCUUUGUGAAGCUCUUCGUCUUGUUCUACUGGACCAGGCCGGAGAGGCCGAGACGCGAGCGGGUUGAGGAGGUGUCGGAAUCCGAGCUUCACCAACCGGAGGCACCACGACGUCGCGUCGUUAGUCUGUCGCACGAGUCGCUUUCCAGUCACAAGGAGGCCAUAGAAGGCGACGUUUUGUACGAGAAAAGUGGUGAAGAAGACGCCGAGGAAGAAGAGGAGGCCGAUGAAAGAAUUGGCGACGACACUUGCUGCCAAGAAGGCCCGAUGAAGUCUGGUAAAACCUGACUCGUCGAUGGGGCAGCUGAUGCAUGCCCAUUUGCGCCUUUGGAGACGUUUUAAUAGAGUCUAGUUCAGAAAAUGAAUGGUCCUUUGUGAUAACGCUCGUAUGUUCCUUCUUAUUCCCGCUCUUUACGCUAUCAGAAUGUGCUCCCAUCACUUUGUCAUUGCACCAGUGCUUCAUCCUGCCAACAAAUUUCUGAUUUUAAGUGUUUUAGUGCCAACUAUGUAGUCCCUUUUGAGAUCUCAAACAUAUUAUACGGCUUUAAUGCUUUACAUGCCAAAGCUUUGCAAUCAGCACCAGCAUGUGCCCCAUUUACCUUUUAGAGUUUAUUUAAAUUGACAAUGAAGACUUUAUAGGUGUGUGGGGCUACAGGUUGGCCUCUCGGGUGGUAGUCAAACAAGUAAAGUUUUUAGGUGCGAAGUUCUGAAAGUUCUUUCAACAUUUUCGCACACUAGAAGUUUUCACUCACCUGAAAGGCAUAUUGCAGUUACUAAUACAUACCAUUACGCAAGCAUCAAUUAGUCUUGUAAAACUUUACACUAGUCAUUGGUCCAAACAGCUCUGUUGUCACGAGGAAAAAAAAAAAAGUGGCUCUUGCAGCAGUUCUUGAAAGGUGCCCCAAUUGUCACUCUCUCUGGGCAGAAAGCGCCAGGUCUAACACUGACCCAGCUGCCAUAUUUUUGUCAAUAUUGUGUGUAUAUAAUUCUAACGCUCAUUGAAUGUCCCCGUGAAUGUGACCAAUGUGAUGGCAUGACUGCGCCGCAAACUUAUGGGAUAAGUUGAGGCCUGUCACCGCGAAUUGAGUCAACAGUGAAAACUGCACUUGAUUACUGGAAACGUCUCAUUAGUUGCUAGGUUGUAAUGCCGCAUGCAUUGGUGACGACAGUGUAACUGCUUUGAUUGCCCCUGGCGCAAGACUUCAAGUGUGGAGGCAACGUAAAAAAAAAUAACAGAGCAGAAUGCACCACUAACAUUGAUUGUUGCCACGCUGCCAGCUUCCGUGCACAUAUAGUAGGACAUGUGCUAUUCGAGUGGUAAGCAAAGAAGACUGAAACUGCUUUUACCUUGCAACCACUGCAAAUUAUUGUGUUUUGGCCCUUUUAUUUCAAAGAAGUGUGAAUAGACUCUGGCAUGAUACGGUUGGACAUUGUCCUUGCCCUCACCCACCUUCACUUUAUAGUCCUCAGAGAUUUCGUCUAUGUUUACGUCCCAGUCAGAUGAGCAAACCACGUUGUUUUCUUCUCUGUGUGUGUUCUUUUAAGUGUAUGUAUGCAAUAUGUGUAGUUGACACAUGUUCGCAGCUUUAAAAUUUUUUUUUGAAGUUGCUGAAUCACUUUGUUGAAUAUGUUAUAAUUCUGUUUAUGCGAGUUUUGCCAAUUUAAUUUUUCGGUUAAUAAUCAAAGGUCUUGUUAGCUGCCUGUACGCAUUUACAGGCCCAAACUUUGUGUUACUUCAGUUCCGAAAUUCUCCUCCUCACUAGGCUUGAUGACUGGUACGCUAAUGGCUGCAAUAUACACUCAAUAGCGGCAGCAUCAGCGUCAGCCUUUAGCAGCUACUAGGAAAUGAGGAAUGCUUUGUAGUCACAUUGUUUUAACAGAUUUUGAAGUGAAUGUGGCAGCCUGAAAUAGUUUUCCAGCAUUUUGUUGUCACGGACAGCCGCAGCUGUGUGGAGUUUUCAUUCACACGUUGCACCAUGUUUAUACCAAAAUUAUAGGCUGGUUGGUGUUCUAGAGUUCAACGUCCCAACAUGACUUGGGCUAUGCUGUAGUGGAGGACUUUGGAUAAUUUCGGCCAGCAGGAGUCGUAAUAUAAUAUAACAUGUUGCGUAAUAUAUUUUAUCACACGCUACCCAGAAAUGGUUGAGGCUUGCAUGUACAUAUCUGACAGUCAGACAUAGAACAGGAGCUGGAAGCGGCAGUGUUGUCAAUCAUUUGAUGUCAGUUAGGCAAAAAACAGACUAUGAAAAAAUAUAGAUAUCAAUAGAGAUCCAGACGGGUCUCCGUACGAUUUAGACUAGAUCAAAAAAUAACUGCUUUGGCAGGAGAAGCAAAUAAGCCUGUUUUGUGUCUGGCUUAAUCCUAUCUAGUGCCUACAGUUUGUGAAAAUGACUAUGAGCGCCAUCACCCAAGACCUCGUAAAAUUGCAUUACUACCCGAGAAUCAGUCAAAGCAUCAAUACUAAUAAAUUGUUAGUCAUGACUAUCUUCAGUUUCAAGCUUUGAAAAACAGUACCCUCAAGUACUGAUAUUCAAUUAUGUUAGUAGUUAAAUACAUUGAAAGCAUUUGCAAGUUCAUUGUAUGGUCCACCUGGGUACUUUCCCUUUGCUCAUUAGCUCCCUUAUGCUGUUCUUGCAUUCCCUUCUGCUAUUGAAUGUGUACAGUAUUGUGCCCCUGGGGUCCUUUUAUGUGCACCGACAUGACACAGUACACGGGCACCUGGUGUUUUACCUCCACAGAAAUGCGACCGCUACAACCAGGAUCGAACCCGUGUCUUUCAGGUUCACAGCCAGCCUAUGUAGUCUUCUACCAGCACCGAUAGUUGGCCGAGUUGGUAAGGGUCCUUGAUCGUGAAGCUGCGCUUGUCUUUGCAUCUUUUUAUUUGUCAGUGUUUCGUGUUUUUUUUUUGUUGUUGCGCCGUUUCACGAUAAGGCCUCCACCAAAAUGGUUAUCUGCCCGUUUUGAAUAUGCCUAAUGACACGGGUACGUUUACGAUGCACAUCUUGGUUGUAAUGAACCCGUGCUGCCUGCUCUCCGUCACGUCAAUAAACCACUGAUAUAAGCAA